UCAUGAAUCAUCACUACCGCUGCUUUGUGCUUUCCCUCCAACCUCCAACCUCCAACCUUCAACUUUCAAGGAUAUCGGUCAACGACGUCGUUUCAUACAAAACCCUAAUAGUGACCGUUAAAGACGCUGCUGCCGUGAGGAGCGAGGAAGAGGAGGAGUAAGGUGCUUCACUCCGCCGUCAGAAUGGCAGAUCCCGCCAAUGACUUCGCUCAUUUCGGCAUUUCCGUCAUGGAAAAGGACAAGCUUGUAGGAGAAGUAGUGCGGUUCAUGCUUUUCAAAACUCAUCAGAACUCUGGUUGCCCUGUUAAGAGGGAAGAACUCACUCAACUCGUGACCAAGACCUACCAUCAGCGUAACCUUCCAGCUUACGUCAUCAAUGAGGCCAAAAACAAGCUUUCUUCUAUCUUUGGCUAUGAAAUGAGGGAGCUUCAGAGAAUCCUCCCUUCCUCCAAGUCCAAUGCACGCUUCUCCCAAUCAAAUGUUGCGGAUUCAAAAUCAUAUAUUCUUGUUAGUCAACUCGAGCCUCAAGUAUAUGAAAAAUAUGUUGUAGAUGUGAAUGCUGCACAUCUUUCUGGUUUCACUUUUGUCAUAAUUAGUAUUGUUUAUCUUGCUGGUGGAAAAAUUACAGAAGAAGUUUUAUGGAGCCAAAUGAGAAGGAUGGGUUUGAGUGAAGACGAAGGAAAACAUCCUGUACUGGGAAACAUUAAGCAAACACUGGAACUGCUUGUUCUGCAAAGGUAUUUACAGAAGGACAAAGUGAAUGGUCCUGAAGGCACUACUAUUUAUUACGAGCUUGCUGAGAGAGCUUUGGAUGAACCAAUUAACAAGAAGAUCAAGGAAUAUGUAGCUCAGAUCGUCAAGAAGGACAAUAUUUCAUAGGUUCUGCGAGAGUUGUUCGCUCUUCCAGCGCCUCCAUUGAGUUAUAUGCAUCGAAGGAAUCUCGGUUUACAUUUUGCCUUCAGCAAACUCUGCUGAAUGAAUGUACGUAUGCAUGGUAGUAAAAAUGCUUUACUUUUUUGGGUAAAUAGUAAAAUGCUUUUACUUGCUAAAUGCACCAUGCUCUUUUGGGUAAAUAGUAGGUUUUCAGUAGUUAGUUACAAUUUAGGGGUGAAAAUUUCAUUACUCUGCAUUAUAUUUGGCUUAGUUUGACAAGGGGCAAACUGAUAAUUUUGCGUGACCUAAAAGAAAAUGACAGAAUGCAACAUACUAGUAGGUUUAUUUAAUUAAGUUUGUAAAU